UUGUGCUGUUUUUUCCGGGUUUGUGAGUGAGGGUUGCUGAGAAUGGCCAGGACCAAGCAGACCGCUCGUAAAUCCACUGGCGGCAAAGCUCCCCGUAAGCAGCUGGCCACUAAAGCCGCCCGGAAGAGCGCUCCUGCAACCGGGGGAGUGAAGAAGCCUCAUCGUUAUCGCCCCGGCACUGUUGCCUUGCGAGAGAUCCGCCGCUACCAGAAAUCCACUGAGCUGCUCAUCCGCAAGCUGCCCUUCCAGCGCCUGGUGCGUGAAAUCGCCCAGGACUUCAAGACCGACUUGCGCUUCCAGAGCUCGGCCGUUAUGGCUCUGCAGGAGGCCAGCGAAGCCUACUUGGUGGGGCUCUUUGAGGAUACCAACCUGUGCGCUAUUCACGCCAAGAGAGUCACCAUCAUGCCCAAGGACAUCCAGUUAGCCCGGCGUAUCCGAGGCGAGAGAGCUUAAAAGCUUGCUUACACCCACCAGCUUUUGCCAAUUAGAAAACUAUUACAAAAGAUCCAAAGGCUCUUUUAAGAGCCACC